AUGGACAAUAAGCCAACCUUGAGCCAAUACUUUGGCGGCUCUGAAAUUCCACCAGCCUCACAGUUUUUUGAUGAAAUAGGAACAUCACCUUCAGAAAUGAUACAAAGUGUAUAUCUUGGGGAAUCAGAAGCUGGCAUAAGUGCGCCCAGAGCUUUUACGAGUCCUCCUGAUACUCAAGAAAUAUUCACGAAUGUAGUCCCCACUGUGAGUUCGGCAACAGCAGUCCCUGCUACCAGUUUACCAGAUCCAUCAACAUUCUUUGAUACAAUUGGACCCGAACCCCAAAUCGGUCCAAGUAAGACCAAUCUUAUAUCUGCUGCUGUUAUUACCGAGGCGAUGGACGGACUAAGUAUUAAGAAUCAACCAGUUGAUAAAGAAGGUGAUAGAAGAAGAGAUGCUUGGAUACCUAAUGAAGAGGCAAAAAAGACUUUGCUAAAGGCUCAGUCUUCACCAAAAGGAUCAUUCUUUCCUGAAAGAGAAGUACUGACUAUGCCUGGGUUGGUUCUAGAGGAAGAAUUGGCCGAUGCACUUCAAGAGAUAGCUGUGAAGUAUCUGGGUGUGUCAUCAGCUGGUAGCCGUGGUGUGGUCAGAGCCGAGCAUGUCAGUAGAGAUGAGGCAGGGCUCCGGGAACUUCUACGGACAGGAUACUUGAGGGCUGCUGUCAAUCUAACUGCUACAUUGCUGAGUGCAGCGGGCCAGGGCGCUGGUCGUAUGCACAGACCGACGAAGCACAGCCAACGUUCACUACAGCUGUGGCUGACAAGAUUCGCCGUCAUGUGUCGCAUCAAGUUGUAUGAACCUUUACUGAAAGAGGCCGAACCUUUCGGAGAUUUCACUAAACCGGAUAUGUUUUAUGAGUUUUAUCCGGAGGCGUACGAGAAUCGAACCGGUUCAUUAGUACCAUUCUCAUUACGUCUCCUCAUUGCUGAGCUGCCGGGACACGUCGGCAAACCAGAAGAAGCUAUGGACAGAUUAUACGCCAUGCUAGAUAUUAUUGAACAGAUGAUAUCAAACCUUAAAUCCGGCAAAACGGAGGUUGGCACAGAUAAUAUAACAGCUGAAGAUCAAAAAGAAUCACUGCGACUGUGGAACGGCAGGCGGAUAAGAGUGAUGCACUCAAUAACAAACUGCGCGAUAGCUCUCAAGGAUUACCGUUUAGCAACAAAGAUUCUAACAACGCUUAAAAAUGAAGCGACUAACGUACAGCAGCAGCGAGCGCUGCACAGCGCUUUAUGUCGCGUAGCGCUAUUAGCUGGGCACGGACGCGCCGCUGUAGCGCAUUGUAGUAACGCGAAAGACGCUAGGAAUCAUAUCUGCCCAACUCCAGAUGUAAGGGAGUAUGUGGACUUGGGUUUAAUAGAUAUAGCGCACGGCAAGUAUCAAGACGCCUAUAAUAACUUUGCGAGAGCAGCUGAUCAAGAACCUACUAAUAUUAUGGUAGCAAACAAUUUGGCUGUAUGUCUCUUAUAUAUGGGUCGUUUGAAGGAAGCUAUAUCUGUUCUACAGAAGGCCAUACAUUCAGACCCUGAGAGAGGGCUGAAUGAAAGUCUACUCAUAAAUCUAUGCACUCUAUACGAACUUGAAUCUUCAAAGACUAUUGAAAAGAAAUUAAACUUAUUAAGAAUGCUGUGUAAACACAAAAGCGAUACUAUACCUAAUGUAUUGGAAUGUCUAAAACUUGCUUAG